AUGGGAGACACUCCUAUGACUGAAGCAGACGAGACUACGUACCUGGGAGUCACCUUUGACAAGAGGCAAACGUGGAAGCCACACCUCAUGAAAGCAGAAGGAAAGGCCCGAAGAAAAUUUGCAAUUAUGCGAAACCUUGCGGGAACCACAUUGGGGGCACAUGAGCACAUAUUCAAGACAGUCUACCAAGGCACAGUGAGAUCUCAACUAGAGUAUAGUUCCUCCACAUGGUCUACCACAGCCAAAUCCAAUCGCCAGGCUCUGGAUAAACUCCAGAACCAAGCUCUGCGCAUCAUGUUAGGAGCAACCAAGUCCACACUAAUUGCCUUCAUGGAAAAGAUAACAGGAAUACAACCACUUAAAGAAAGAAGAGAUGUCAAAAUCCUGCUUCAGGCAGAGAAGUAUAAAUGUCUCACGGAUCACCCCAUGUCAGCCAGAGUUAAAGGAGAGGCAUGGAAUCAUGUCUACACAGACGAUUCUGCCACAAGAGCAGUCAUAAAUGGAGGUGCUGGCAUCGUCAUGCUGUACCCAUCCGGAAAACGAGAAACACAUUAUGCAGAAAACGGAACACACUGUAGCAAUUACAGGACAGAGACUGAAGCUCUCAUAAAGGCAGUGUUAAUGAUUGAAGACUCGACUGAAGCUGUCAACUCGGUAGUCUUCCUUACAGAUGCCAUGUCUGUAUUAGAAGCCCUGACCAACAACAGGAUUCUUCAGCUUGCAAAUGCCUUACAAAGAAUCAGCACCAACCUAAACGUGACCCUCCAGUGGAUCCCAGACCACUGUGGAGUGGCCGGAAACAAAGAUGCUGACCAACUGGCAAAACAAGGUGCUCAGUUAGAACAGCCACCUGUGCAAGUAAGCUACACGGAGAAAGUUACCAUUAUUUAA